CAAGGCUGCAUUACGACCCAAGCAACGAUUUAUCUUCACAACCAAGUCUGAGAAGACGUCCGGACUAAGACACAGUGAUUUCGACCCAUUUGACCUUGAUACAAAAGCCGAGGAUAUCUUGUCGCUCUGCUGCACGUGUGACAAGCGUCUUAUCAUGCUCAAUCAUCCACUUUCUACUCUGAACCACAUCCCCUCAACAUCAUGGCUCCCAAGAGAGGCGAGAGGCAAGAGACCAGCGCAUGUCGCGGACCGAGACGAUGUCUUUGGGCCCCUGGCGACCAGAACGAGAUCCGCCAAUUCCGCUUCUUCAGUUGCUUCGGGUCUACAAGACCUCAGCCUCUCGUCAGACCGCGUCCAAUCACCUGCACCCACCGCUCAAGCGCACGUUUCUACCCCUAUGGAAUCGGCUACCGUCAAUGCCUCGAAUCCGUCUGAAGCUACGGCAUGUUCCCGGCACGGAUUCAAGAUGGCAAUUUCUUACAGGGAAGUGACGGAGGAAGAUGAGGUUAAGGACCGACGCCGCCGUCAACGUGACCAGCUGCUCCACAAAGAUGCAGCAACUAGGUCGCAUAUCUAUAGCGUGCGACACCAGAGCCGACAGGUCGACCUCGCGGCUGAUGCUAGGUACUUGCCUGCAGGCGAAGGAGUGCUGGACAACGACGUCCCUGUUCCGCAGCCCCAACAGCACCGUGCGAGCUCUCUACGGCAGCACCUGUCUAUUCCGGAAGCCGGACUACAUGAUGCAGGCACCCCUCCCAGGACACGCGAGGCGAAGUUGAGCUCAAAUGUGGCCAAGAACAAGGUGAUAGAAGCAGAGCUGCUCAUGGCCAUGAGAGGCAGGGUGAAUAAGAAGAUGAUAGAUAUUCAACCAUCCAGCGAUAUGACUCCGACAGAGAGGUCACGUUGGAACGCGGUCGUGAAAACACUUGCGCACGAGAUGAAGACCCCAGGGCAUCAUCUCCAUGUGCUGACGGACAAGUUGAAAACGAUUCAUCGCAAUAACCCGUCAGGAGAAGCCGUGCUAUCUGGAGAGGGCGCCGAGUUCGCAAACAUCGUUACUCGACGCUUAGCGGCGGCUGUCGGAGGCCGCACUAAACAGCGGUUGACCGGCAUUUUCAGAUCCGCGGGCAAUCAUGACAUGAAAGAUGGCGAUAUCCCGCAACCCGGCCGUAGUAGUAUUGAGACUCCUGAGAACAAGAUCGACAUCAUCGUUCACGGCGAUCAUGCCGAAGAGGAUGAUGACCGGCAAUGGGAGCACGUCCUCACAUUUGGCGAAGUCAAGGUGGAAGCCAGCUGGGAUCUCAAGGAUGAAUUGCUCGGUCAAAUGCUUCGUUAUCUUGUCAGUCUCCCCUGCUGGCUCGAUAUAGUUUCCAGCCUCUUUGCUUACACCACCCUGGCAACCUCUGCGCCCUUUUACAAAAGCGAAAAAUCUUGCAGAAUCAUCCGGUCUCGGGCAGGAAUGUUUGUUUCUCGUUAUGCGGUCAUCUAUUACGCAUUUUCGAGACUGACCCUGUCAGCAUCAGCACUUCACCCGCAUACAGUUUUAGGGAACCGAAAGACUACGAAAAGAUCAUCUGUGCCAUCGCUCUGCUGUCCGGACCACCCUGCCUCGUAUCGGAACAAUGGCAGCCAUCUCCUCAAGAGAACUUAUCGGUACGAAAAGCCGAUGGCGAUCUUGUUGAAUAUCGUCUAAAGAAUAUCCGAAGGCUCGCUGUCUCGCCCGUGCUCUGGGGCUCAAGAACCGCUGCUUGGGCGGCCACAGCGCAGCGUGUCGACAACG